AUGGCGCGAAACGGGCCUAGCGAGCAGCUGUUUGCGCAACAGACUGAAGUCAAAGAGAGAUCUGUUCACACAAUCGGCAGUGCUGACGUACUGGACGGCUACAACGAUAGUCUUUACUGGAGGCAUUGGAGACGAAGCGGCCAAAUCAAUAAUCACGAAACACUCAUUAUUGUUGCCCAUUACUUCCGAGACCAUCAUAUCUCUGUAGCCACGUUCAAUGACACUUACAAGUACCUGGAGGCCACGUCGGUUGAUUACAAACUCAAGAAGCACUAUAUCAACAAUAGACAACGUAAGUGGCAAGCCAGCAUCUGCACAGAUUAUCUCUUCAUGCACGCUAGAACAAUCUAUUAUCAGAGCUUGGAUAAAACCCCUCCCAUAAACAUGUUAAAUAUCACGAGGCAGGAGAGAGUUGAUAUGCUUGAGCAACUCUGGCCCCCAAGCGCACACGAGCGAAAGGUUAUUGCAUAUGAAAUGUACAGGUCUUUCGCACGAUAUAUCGAUUUUGACACGAUCUUUGAACCACCGCUAUCAUCUUUGCCAGAGCUUGAGGCUAUCUGCAGACCUUGGCAAGAUUUCAUCAAGGAUUGCUAUGUUCUAGGUAUAGAGGAUUCAAUAAACAUCCGUUUACGUGCUCGGCACCAAAGCUCUAGCGACCAAACCCGUUCAGAAGACCUUGAAUUCUUUCGAUACUGGAAGGACUUGACUGUGCAGUCUACAUUUACCCAACCACUGCCAAUUGAGUAUCUCCCAAUAAUCAUUGACCAGUCGGAGGUCCGGCAUUGGUUUGAAGAUAAGAAUGAUCCGGGAGAUGACUUUAUUUUCAACGACAGCGGCAGCGAGGAGGAAUAG